UGUUCCCGUGUCAAAGUUGGCCGGUUGGCUUGUCAUGUCUUUGUUGCUUCUGUAGCGCCGCCAGAAACUGUGCAUUGAAGUGUGGCUCUGAUGGGUUAUAAGCUGAUAUUGUCAUAAGAGAGAGCAAAAGUUUUAACCUGAUUCUCACGAGUGAAAAAGAGCCUAAAGAUGGAGGAAAAGCUGAAUGGAUCACUGCCUGUUGUCUCCCCGGAGUAUCUUCAUCAGUGGGUUCGGUCCGCCCAGCAGUUUCAAGCUCUCCAGGCUCAGUACGCCAACUUCAACCCUCAACAUCAGUUCCACUACCCCGAGAGCCCGACUGCGGAGGCGGCCAGGGCCCACAUGGCCAACCCAGAGCCCACCAUGGAGCAGACGGAACCUGCUGACCUGACUAAACCUCCAACUAAAAAGAGAGGUAGACCAGCUCAACCCAAGGAACCAAAGCCCCCCAAAAUCCCCAAAGCACCAAAAGCCCCGAAGGUCCCGAAAGCACCAAAACCACCGAAAGACCCAAAUGCACCAAAAGCUAAACCAGGUCCAAAACCCAAGAAGGCCGCUGAGGCUCAGGGUGAGGGCAAGCAGGAGAAGAUCGAUGAGAGCUUCAAGAAGGUGAAGAGGAAAGUGGACCGCUUCAAAGGGAUGACGGAGGAGGAAGUCAUGAAGAAGACAUUGCCCGACCUGCUGGAUUACAACCUGGACUAUGUCAUUAUUGGUAUAAACCCAGGACUGAUGGCAGCUUUUAUUGGCCGGUGGUUUCCAGGACCUGGAAAUCAUUUUUGGAAAUGCCUGUUUCUGUCUGGAUUUACCGAGGAGCAACUCAACCACAUGCACGACACAACGCUGCCGGUCAAAUACAAAAUGGGCUUCACCAAUAUGGUAUCCAGGGCAACACCGGGGAGCAAAGACCUCUCCAGUAAAGAAUUGCGAGAAGGAGGGAAAAUUCUCGUGGAGAAGUUGAAGAAGUACAAACCGCUCAUUGCUGUGUUCAAUGGAAAAUGUAUCUAUGAAAUGUUCUGCAGGGAAUUGUUUGGCAAGAAACCGCAAAAGCUGGAAUUUGGUUUGCAGCCGCACAAGAUCCCAGAAUGUGACGUGGCCUUGUACCUGAUGCCUUCCUCCAGCGCCCGCUGUGCCCAGUUUCCUCGCGCUCAGGACAAGGUUCACUUCUACAUCAAACUGCGGGAGCUCCGGGAUCAGCUGAAGGGCACCCGGAAAGCUGCCGAGAUCGAGGAAGUCAACUACACAUUCGAUCUUCAGUUAGCUAAGGAGGAUGCGAAGAGGUUAGCAAUAAAGGAGGAGCAGUAUGACCCGGGGUAUGAGGAUGCCUACGGCGGCGCGUAUGUGGAGAGAGGAGCUGAAGAAGGCCAGGCCAAUAGCCAGACCAACGGUCACUGUACGCUCUCAUCUACCGCGAACUCAGAAGGAGCACAGGAGGCGACCACAUCUCAAUCAGAGGGUCAGCUCCCAGACGGACAGUGGAUGACCCAGUCAUUUGCCGAUGAGAUUCCCAACAUCGGACCAAACGCUGGCAGCGUGUGAGGAAGACGAGAAAAGUCUUCGUUACCUUCCAGAGACAUUAGCUAACUCGGUCUCCAAACCGCAGUCGGUUAGGUUUUAGAUAUUCCCUUUUUUUCUAUUCUUUUCUUAGCAAAGUGGAGUAUAAACACAUUUAGGAUUUAACUGAAACUGCAGAAUGUUGUUUUUUCUGCACAUUUUAUUUUUGUUGUGUUUUUUUUUAUAUUCAUGAGCCAUUUUACAUGUGUAAAUCAGGGACAUAACUGGCUGUCUUUGUAGACAUUUGUGUAUUUAAGCAUUUGUUUUUAAUCGCUGUGUUGUUGAGGACUGCACUGUGCUGCAGUUGGAGUCAACAUUAUAAUCUACUGUGUCCAGGUUAUCCUUAAGCUCGACCUCUCUGGAGGGAAGGAUCGAACCAUUACUGCUACACUCAAGGUGCUAUGAACUGAUACGAUGCACAGUAACGACUCGUUGAAACCACAUAUUAAUGUCAUUGGUCCUACAGCUGGAUGGCUGACUAGCCUUUCAAAGUUACACAACCUAUAAUGGUUUUCAUUAAUCUUUUCUUUUUUGUUUGUUUUUACUUUAGAUGCUUUGGAUUAUGGUAUGUUUAUUAAAUGUCAUUGGAUUUUAAUGAAACAUUUCUUGAUUAAAAUGCUAUUCUACUGA